CCCGGCCCGCCCACCCCGCCCGCCCCGGCCGCCCCUGCCAGCCCACGGCCGCUCACCUUGUGCAGCACGAAUCUGGUCUCAAACACCCCACUCUUCACCAAGUCGUCCAGGGUGUCUGGUGGUCACAGGAGCGUCGGGUCACACGGAACAGGGGCGAGGGGGAACCGUGCCCUGCCCUCCCCGCCCACCAGUCCUUACCACCAGCGGCCGUCGUGUUGUUUAGUACAAAGUUGACAAUUCGGAUUCUGGAACGCAAGCCCUGGUCAGCAUGGCCUGAGCUCAGCCCGCCUCCCUAACUCCCCCUGCUGCCUGGCCACCCUGUGGCUCCAGGAUGGGUCUCCCCUGGGCAGGCCUCCCCUGCCGAGGCCCAGUGCCCCAAUGUCCCCUCCCAGAUACGGGGCCUAGCUCCCCCCAUCACACCUGCACCUGCAGCCCUGCACAGCCAGGGCACACCCUAUGCCUGCACAUGCACGGAUCCUCCUUGUGCCCUCUGAGCCCCCUCCCUACGGGGACACCAAGGCUCAGAGAGGUUGGGUAACCUGCCCAAGGCCACAGCGCCAGGAACGGGCACAGCUGGACGCUUGGGCGCAGAGCCACACUCCUCCAGAACACCUUCUGACAGAUAUGGAAACUGAGGCAUGGGGCUCUGCCCCUGGGACCUGGGACCUAACCAUGCCUGGAAACCUGACUGGACCAGCAGCAUGGCAGGAACUGCAGCUGCCGGUGGGCCUGCCCGGUAGCUCUCUGGCCUCGGCGGUCGGCCACGAGGACGUAAUCCCACGGCUCAGAGGCCUCGGGCUGGAGGGAGGAGGUGCGGGGCUGGGCUGGCACCAGGCACAGGGCAAGGGCGGGACCAGCCUGAGGGGCCCCCGUGGAGACUCACGUCACCGGUGUUGACCUCCAUCAGCGGGAAGCUGUCCCCUUCCGUCCCCAUCGGUCUGGAGGCUGUCCUCACCCUGGGGGUAGAGGGUAGACAGAGGCAUAGGGCUCAAUCCUGGCCCGGGUGCUCCAGCACGGAGGGGGCCAGUGUUAAGCUGGGGGUGAACAAGCAUGUGGUUCCAGGCAGGGCUCAGCGCCAGGAGCACAGCCAGCGGGGCACUGCGUGGGGAGGCUCUGGGUGACACCAGCAAAGGUCCAUUUGGAAAUAGAAGCACAGAGCUGCUGAAAUCCUCAAGAGAGGACGAGCAGCAGACCAGGAUCUCACAGACGAGCACGCAGAGGGGAGGGCGCAGAGGCCGCGGGCAGGCGGGAGAGCACGGGUCAGGUGCCCAGACCGCCUCCUGCCACCCUUGCCGAUGCAGGUCGGCAUGGAGGUCAGGAGUUCCCCGGGCAGGAAUGGGGGAAGCAAAAUCAAACACCCUGGACGGUACAGCCCGGCCCAGCCAGCCCCAAAACCCAGAGAGAGGAUGCUCCCAGAGGCUAUUUCACAUAAAACUCAUGCAAAGAAUCCAAACUCCCAUCAGCGUGUGGACGGUCGAGGGCUCGGUGCCAUCCCGGAUGGCGGGAGACCACGCGGCAGGAACGUGGUUGGGCUGCUGCCACGUGGGGGGCCCGGGGACCACCUGGCAUGGCUCUGAGGUGGGUAGAGGUCAGUCCAGGGAGCAUCCGCACCCAGGACAGAUGGACAAAGCUCGGGGCGAGACUCUUUGGGAGAAACGGCGGCCUCGGGGCCCCUCCGACUGUCCCCGAGCUACUGUGGCGGCACAGCCGCGGUUACAGGAUCUCUCUUCCUCCCCCACCCCCUCCCUUGUAGACUUGACACAGGAAGUAAGUGUGGGAAGGGGACAGCGAGAGCCCCAGAAGACAGCCCCCAGCCCGGGUGACGAAGCCCUAGGUCGCAGUGAUGGCUGUGGCCCCCCGACACAGUCGGGAUGUUAUGGGGGGGCCCUAAAGCAGAUGGUCCUGUCUCCGCCCCAGAAAACAGCAGCCUCUCUGCGGAGCCUGGGCAACUGGCCGUGGAGAAGCUGGACGGCGGCACCAGCACAGACAGGAGGCCCGAGGGCAGGGGAGGUGACGUGCCCCGUGGGACCCUGCGCAGCCGCGGGCACUGAGAGGGACACGGGGGAAAGCUGGCGACGUCCGAGUCCAGGCGGCACCGUCGAUUGGAUGGGUGCUCAGGCGAUGGGGCUGCGGCAGUGUCGGGGAGCCCCCCCCGCUGUCUCCACGCCCUGUGGGGGUGUCCGUGCAGGUGCUAACGCUGCACAGGGGGGGCGUGUGGUCAGGCCCCCCCGCGGCUGCAGAGGGCAGCAGGCUGUGGCUGGCCAGAGGCCAUGGGGCUGCAGGAUGUGGCGACAGGGACAGUGAGAGCAGGUCACACGCCGGCUUUGGUGCCCAGAGCCCGGGCUGCCAACACUGUCCCCUGGUGAGACCGCCUGUGACCGUCCACCUGGCUGCAGGCAGCGCUGAGAGGGUCCCCAGCUCAGUCCCGGGAGGCGCAGGGAUGCUGCAUGUCUCAGGGUGAAGGUGCGGGCGAGACCCCGGGGGCCCCACUGGGACGCCCCACCUCUCCCCUGCCAGGCUGGCAUGUCGGGGCGCUGCCCCAGGGGGACCCGGCCUCCUCCUGGCUGAGGAGCUCCGUGUGGCCCUGGCCGUCUGCCCCCGCAGGGCAUCGUCCUCCCCAGCCGCCCGCUGCCAGCCGCCACCCGGCCCCCCACGACCCAUGGCUCUGGCCUCAGGAUGGCCCCCUCCCUGCCCGGCCCAGCCAGCCUCCCUGGAGCACCGCCCAGGGAACUCCGAGCCACGCAGCAUGUCUGAAUCCGAGCGCAAGUGUCCCAGUUCCUGUGUGGGACGCACUUGCACUGAACAAGAGCCUUUCAUGCAGAGCUCAACUUCACUGGGAACUUGUUCUUUAGUCACUUCAAACCCUGCAACCCUAGUCCAGCCCCCCAAUGCCACGCGUGGGCGCGGGGAACCGGCCCACGCCGGGCCUGGGCCUGCCUACUGUCUCCCCUCUGCCCCAGGCACAGAAGCCAGAAAACGGCGUCACAUCCCCUGCCCCCCCCCCCCACGCCACUGCUCUCGGACUUCGGAAGCCAGCGUCUCGUGCCCCACGACACCGCCUCUGUGCCCCGGAGCCCCUGGCACUCAGGGGUGGGCUACGGCCUCCCAGAACCACCCUGGGCCAGAGGAGAGCCCGCUCUUCGCAGACUUGCAGGGCAGGGAGGGCCUCGGGGCUGGGUGCGUGCAUCUCAGGGACGAGAGGUCCUAAGUGGAUGGUCUGCCCCUCCCUGCCUCCGUCCCCCAUCCCUCCCCCUGCGCAGCUGUCAGACCACUGUGUCCCCAAUCCACUCGUGACCCCCCAGGCCCUCACGGGUGAUACGGCCUGCUCUGUGUGCAGCCCUCGCGGGCGGUACGGGCUAUCGGGGGACACGGAGCCUGCCUGGAGCGUGACCUUGGCCCAAGGCCACGAAGGGGGUGCAGCUUUCCUGGUAGAGGAAACAUGUAUGGACAGGCUCUGGGGGCCACGUGCAAUCAGUGUCCAGGGGCUGGGUGCUUAGUACUCCCAGGGACUCAGGACUCAGCACCUCCAAGGACAUGGUAAUUAAUACUCCCAAGGACUCAGGACUCAGCACCCCCAAGGAUGUGGUAGUACUCCCAGGGACUCAGGACUCAGCACCCCCAAGGACGUGGUACUUAGUACCCCCAGGGACUCAGGACUCAGCACUCCCAAGGACGUGGUAGUUAGUACCCCCA